AAUAUUUUAAAUAAUAAUUAUAGUUUUUAUUUUGAUAAUAUUGUGCAUCGUGUGUGCGCGUGCGGAAGUAUCCGAAUCUGACCGACAGAUUGCGAAAGCAUUCACAAACAACAACCGUCGACCAUUACUAUAUACGAAGUUAUUCUGUGUGCUGUGAUUUAUCAUUAAGGGGGCCACUACACGCGCAACAACGGACAACCCCACAGGACCGGGGGGUGCUUCUCGUGUCUCGGGAGGAAGGGACGAUAAUCGCUCCCUAUCCACUGAGCGACGCUGGAUCCCUCCUUCAACUGUUAGACGCGAUGCUUUCAUCUCAGACAACCGAAAUGAUUUCAUCUUCCGUAAGGUGCGGGGUAUACUUAACAAGCUCACACCGGAAAAAUUCGCAAAGCUGAGCGAUGAUCUGCUCAAAGUUGAGCUUAAUUCCAAUGUAAUUCUAAAAGGUGUUAUUUUAUUGAUAUUUGAAAAAGCUCUCGAUGAACCAAAGUACAGUUCUAUGUACGCACAGCUGUGCAAACGGCUGUCCGACGAAGCACCAAAUUUUGAGCCACAAAAACCCCAAAUACCUGGUCAAGAACCAUUAAGUACAUUUCGAUUAUUAUUAUUAAACAAGUGUAGAGCAGAAUUUGAAAAUCGUGCUAAAACAAAUGAAUUAUUUGAAAGUAGAGAUGAUCUCGGUCCUGAAGAUGAAGAACGCCGUCAAUUGGCAAAACGUAAAAUGUUGGGAAAUAUUAAAUUCAUCGGAGAACUUGGUAAAUUGGAAAUUGUAUCAUGUGCAAUAUUACAUAAAUGCAUACAACAAUUAUUAUCUGAUAAUAAAAAACGUGCUAAAGGACCGAGGGAAGAAAAUAAUAUGGCAGAAGAUAUUGAAUGUUUAUGUCAAAUUAUGCGUACAUGUGGUCGUAUACUUGAUUCGGAAAAAGGUAGGGAUCUCAUGGCUCAAUAUUUUAAUCGUAUGAGCUUACUUGCUGAUCGCAGUGAUUUACCUUUACGUAUACGUUUUAUGUUACGUGAUGUUAUUGAAUUACGUAAAGAUCGUUGGGUACCACGUAAAGCAACAAGUACAGAGGGCCCAAUGCCAAUUAAUCAAGUACGUAAUGAUAACGAUGAUAAUACAACAAGUCGUAAUACAGGUGGCUAUCAUAAUAAUAGACGUGAAGAUCGUUAUGGUGGUAGUGACUUUUUACGUAAAAUAACACGUCCUGGUAUUGAUAUUGAUAUUGUUGGUAGUGGUAUGCAAUUAUCAUCACAAUCACCAUUUGGUGGUAUGCCACAUUUUAAUCCAAAUGGUUUUUCAUCACAAUCAAAUACAAAUUAUGGACGUCAUAAUCAACGUAAUCAAAGUGGUGGGGGUGGCAAUGGAGGUGGUGGAGGAGGAGGAGGAGGAGGUGGUGGUGGCGGUGGUUAUUAUCAAAAUCAAAAUCGUCAUCAAAAUAAUUAUCAAAAUAAACAUAAUCAACAACAUAAUUCACAACAAAAUUAUAAUAAUAAUAAUAACAAUAACAACAAUAAUAAUAACAAUAAUAAUAAUGGUAAUAAAGAUCAAUUACGUUUUAAUAAAUCAAAAAUGUUAAUAUCACAUCCAGAAGAAGUGUCAUUAAGACCACCAACAACAUCAAUGAUGUUCAAACAAGCAAAUAUUAAAUCAACAAAUUUACCACUUAAUAAUGAUUUAUAUCCUGGACGUAAUAAUGAAUCACCAUUAUUAAGAGCAUCAACAAUUAAAUCAGUACCACCAAUGAUGCAUAAAGAAGUACCACCAGCAAUUGUUAUUAAACAAGGACCACUUGAUAAACGUGAUAAAGCACGUGCUGGUAAAGAUAAAGGACCAACACGUGAAGAAAUUGUUAAAAAAGUUAAUACAAUGAUGGAUGAUUUUUCAGCUGAUACUAAUAUUAAUGAUGCUAUUACAAUAUUUAAAGAUAUUAAAAUACCAGAUAGAUUUUUACGUCAUGCUAUUUAUACAAUAUAUUCAAAUACAUUAGAACGUGGUGAUAGUGAACGUGAAUUUGGUGUUAAAUUUGUUGUUGAAUUAAAAAAAGAAACAAUUAUAACAAAUUUACAAAUUCAUGAAGGAUGGAAAGAACUUGUAUUAAGUAUAAGUGAUAAAGAAAGUACUGUACCAUGUGUUGCAUCACAUGUUGCAUCAAUAACAGCUAAAGCAAUUGUUAAUGGUUUAAUGCAAUUACAAGAUCUUGCAUCUUUAACUGAAAAUGGACAACAUCAUCCAUUAUUUUUAUUAACAUUACAAUCAUUAGCUAAAACACAAGGAAAAACAGCAUUAACAAAAAUAUUUAAUGAUAGUAAAAUUAAUCUUAUGAGCCAAUUACCAGAAGCUGAAAAAACUAAAGAUAGACUUGGUGAAAUAUUGGAAAUACGUGAAUUAACUUUCUUAUAUCCAUUAUUAAGAAUUCAAGGUGAUAUGUGGAAACAAUUGGAAAGUGAUCCAAGUCCAAAUACAUUUUAUAAAUGGAUCAAGGAUAAAUUAGAUCCUGCACAUUAUACUGAUCCAUCAUUUAUUAAUGCUCUUAUGACAGUUCUUCUUAAAUACAUUACUCAGGAAACUACUCUUGCACCUGGCAUUGAUACAACUGUUAUACCGGAUAAAGCUAUUCAAGAAAAAGAACGUGCAUUAUUAGAAAAAUAUACACGUGUACUUGAGUCAUUUUUAACAACUGUUGAUGCUCAAGUAACUGCCGUUCAUUCACUUCAAGUAUUUUGUUUGUCGCAUAAUUUUCCAAAGGGAAUGUUGCUACGUUGGUUCAUUGCACUUUACGAGUUAUCCACCAUUGAUGAAGAUGCUUUUAUCAAAUGGAAAGAGGAUGUUACUGAUGCAUAUCCUGGCAAAGGAAAAGCCUUGUUCCAGGUAAACUGUUGGCUAACAUGGCUUGAAGAAGCACCAUCAGAAGAAGAAGAAGAUGAAGAAGACAACUAAUUUUGAUUCUUGAAAUUAAUAUUUAUCAGAAUCAAUCAUUCUAAAUAAUACGAAAAGAGAAAUAAACUCAAAUUAUCAUCAAAUGAAUUCUCAAGGACAAUUUUUAAAAAAAAUCUCCGGAUUUCAAGAGUUUUUUUUAUUUAAUAAGUCUCUCUUUCGUUGUCUCUAUUUAACAAAAAAAAAAAUAAUAAAAAAAAAAACAAAAAAAAAAAACAAAAAAUUGAGAAAAUAAUAAAAAAAAAAAAGAAAUCCAUUAAAACAAAAAAUUAAAUUCAAGAGAAGAAAAGGAAAAGGUGAACAAUUAACAUCAGCAACGUCCUGCAAAAACGAGGGAAGGAAAUGAAGACAAGAACAAGAAGAGGGUCAAGUACAUGCUCAAAUGACGUUGGAAUUAAAUAACAAUUUGCUAAUAAUUUCAUUGUGUGAAAAUAAAAAACCGUAAUAAGUUUUAUUGAUAAACCAUGGUAGAGUAAAAAAAGAAAAUAUAAAACGUGAAUGUUGUGUGUGAUGAAUGUAACAUAAAGAAAAAAAAAAAUAAAAUAUAUAUGUAUAUAAGAGCGUGAAAAGACAAGAGGACCCUCAAAAAACAGCAGGAAGUUUUUAACGUUUUAGAUAAUUACGAACAUUCUAAUCAAUGAUGAAAAAAAAAACGAAAAUAAAAAAAAAAUAUAUAUAUAUAUAACGUAACUAAUGGAAAUUCUAGCUCUUAGCUGAAUUUUAUAGGCCAAAAAAAAAAAAAAAAUAGAAAAAAAGGAGAAGAGAAAAAAAUAUCUAGCCGACAUUCGUAAAAUGAAGAAAAGAAAAUUUAAUUUUGGUGAAAAUAUUUGUUGUGUAGUCCAAGUUUUGUCUUUGUGCUUGUCCCACCUCUUUUUUUUCUUCCUUUUUUUUUUUUUUUUUUUUUUUUCCCUCCUUUUUUAUAAAAAUGUUUAUUGUCCGCGGGUGAAAACCGUGUAAACAAAUAAACAAAUAAUAUACACAUUUGUCAGUGAAUAAGUAUGUCACUUAAAAUCAAUUAUGAAGAAUUAUUCUUACAAUGAAGUACCGACAUUUCUUAUAUAAAAAUAAAAAAAUAAACAUCAAUAAAAAUUGAUUAUAUAUUAAUUAUAAAAAUAAUAAUAUUAAUCAUUUAAAAAAAUAAGUGUCAAUGAUCGAAUUGAACUAUGAAAAAAUUCAAUCAAACAUUUACUAAAUAAAUUUUUUUUUUUUUUUUUGUUUUUUCGUAAUUUAAAUUUUUAAUGAUCAACUGACAUCACAUUUAAAUAAAAUUUUACAUAACAAUGAUAUUAAAAAAAUGAAAAACCACAAACUUAGAAAUAGUAAAAAUAAUUAAAACGUAAAUAAUCGUGAAAAAAAAAAAAAUUCUUUAAUAAAUAUUGUAUUUGGUUUAAUUUAUUACAAUCAUCGUAAAUUAUAAUCCUUGUUUUUUUUUUUAAACUAUUUUUUGUUCAUCAUAAUCCUUGUUAUAUUUCCCUGACUUGUCUUCUCUUUAAAAUAUUAUUAAUAAUGACUCAUUAUUAAUGAGAAGAAUAUACUCGAAAUAAUUAAUAAAACAUCAAUAAUAUAUCUUUGAGUCAACCUUCAGACCGGCUUGAUUAGUUUUCCCAAAAAAAAAAUAAGUGCAAUAAUUUAAAUUUUUUUUAUUACAAGUAUUUUAUUUUUAUUACUUUUUUUUUCAAUUAUCAUAUCACAAUUUUUUUUAUUUCCAUUUAUGUCUUUUUUUAAUUCUAUGUAAACAAUUAGCUGUAGUUUUUUUUGUUUUUUUAAUUAUUUUAUAAUAACUAGUUGUUUGAAAAUUGAAAAUUAUUCAUUUUCUUACAACAAUAAAAAGCAAGACAAUGAUGUAAAUAAUUAUUGAUCACAUAGGAAUUCGGUUUUAUCGCCGGACUGAAGAGUUUGUCAAUAAAAAAAAAAAAAUUUUUAAAUAAUAAAUCCCGUGAGUGUGUCGACAAUUAUAAAUGAUAAAAGUGUGUAGGAUAAAAAAAAAACAAAAAAAAAAAAUCGAAAAACUUAUAAAUAAAUUAAAAAAAAAAAAAAAGUGAAAUUUAAGGACUUACUAUCCUAAGAAUAAUUCUAGAAUUUAAUUUUUUUUGCUAUUCGAUUAAUGUACAUAUUCUUUUAUCCAUAAAUUUUUGUUCAAAUUUUUUUUUUUAUAUUUAAAACUUCAAAUUUUUACACCAUAAAAAAUCAUUUAUUGAAUUUAUAUAUUUUUUUUUUUUUUUUACAAUAAAAUUUGGAUAAAAGAAUAUCCCUUGACGAAUAUGCUACCUUUUUUUUUCUUAUCAACAACAAAUAAAGCAUUAAUAAUUCUUUUUUUUUAAUUAUCAUAAUUUUUAUCACUGAAAUUAUUCAGUGACAAUUAACAAGUAUAAUUUAAUGAUAAAAAUAAAAAUAAAAUUCAAUAAUAAUAAUGAAAAAUUAAAAAAAAAAAAAACGUAAUUAACUUAGUUAUUUGCACGUGACGUAUUAAAUUUAUAGCAAGGAAUUUGUAGUCUAAUAUUUAAUGGCAUAAAUUUCGUAUAUAAAAAUGUGUUUCGUGCUUAUCGAAUUUGUAAUAAUUAUUCAUUAAAUUAUAUCCAUUUUUUUCUUUUAUAUAAAUUCAAUGGCAAACCAAUUCGUUAGACAUCAAUUGAUAUUUUUUUUCUUCAAUAAAUAAAUUGUUAAUUAAUAAUUGUGUAAAUGAAAAACAGAAAAAAAAAAUUACAUAUUAUAAAUUUUAAAUUUUUCAAAAAAUUGAACAUACACGUUCAAUUAAAAGGAGGAUAAAUAUAAAAUCAAUUGACUAUAAAAAAAAAAAAAAUUUAAUUAUUGUAGAAUAAAAUAUAUCAUUUAGAAUAUUAUGUGACCGAAUUUUUUUUUUAAAUCAAUAAUUACCUGGUUUGUAAAAAAAAAAAAAAUAUAAUUAAUAAGCUUAUACUAGAGCUUUAUAAAUUCAAAAUACAAAAAAAUUGAAAAAUCAUCAAAAUAAAAUAUUUGUGGCAUCAUCACUUAUAUUGUUUGGUUGAUUAAAUAGACCCGUGAUUUAUAAAAUUUACGUAAAUAAAUGAACCAACUUUUUACGAUUAAUUUUAUUAUAAUAAAAAAAAAAGUGGGUCAAACAAAAAAAAAUUAAAUUUUUCCUUCUUGUAAUACUCACGAAGGUUGUUUGUUAAUGAUUUUGCAAUUUAAACAUGACGAUUUAUUAAACGUCACAUCUCAGAAUAAUAAUAAAAAAAAAAAAUAAUAAGAAAUCUUAAAUUCUAUCACACGUAAUUGUAAUCGUUAUCUUUGUCAGCAUCUGACUUCAAUCUCAUUCUAUAAAUUUAUAAAUUUUAAAUAAUAUAUAUCAAGUACACUUGAAAAAAUGUACAUGUAAAAAACCGACAAUGCAAUAUACGUACAUGAAAAAUUAUUAAACUUACGAAAAUGAAAAUGAAAAAGAAAAAAAAGACAUAUUGAAUUUUUAGCAUUUCAUUUGACUUGUAAAAUUCACUGCCAAUCCUCAGCAAAAAUAUUAUUAAUAAUUAUUAUAAAAAAAAAUAUUUAAUGUCAAUUUUUUCAGCUUUUUUUUUUAUUUCAAUUAUCUAUAUAUACUUAUUUAUAUAAUUUAAUUUUGAAAAGAAAUUAUAUAAUUAAAUAAAUAAAAAACAUAUAAACGAAAUUUUUUAAAAAGAUAAUUACAAUACUGUUUAAAAAUAAAACAGUAUAUCAAUUUAAAAAAAAAAAAUAUUAUUAAUCAUUGUCAAUUAAUUAAUUUGUAACAAAUAAUGCUGAAAAAAAAAAUAAUAAUUGAUAUAAUUAAUGGUUUAUUUAAACAUACCUCAAUUAUUAUUUUUAAAUAAUUAAAAAAAAAUUUUUUUUCUUCUAAACAGUAAAAUAUAUAUUUGCAUCUUUAUUUAAAAUAAUUUGAAAAAUGUGUGAGGGAGAGAAAGAGAGAGAGGAUUAGAUAAUUAAUAAAUUAAUUUAAAUAUUAAAAUAAUUAAUAUGACAUUUGUCCAAAUUAAAUUUUUAUUAAACACGAUUUUUUUUUUUUUAUUUUUUUUUUCGUUUUUUUUUUUUUUUUGUUAUUUUUUGUUAUUUUCUGUAACAUCGAGGACGAAUUAAUAACAUAAAUAAUUAUUGAUCAGUAUCACUUUUAAAACGCUCAACAAUGAAAAUACAAUUAAACACUGGAAGAUAUAAACUAAUAUUGUUUAAUAAUUGUUAUUAUUUAAUUAUAAUUAUGGGAUGAGUAGCGGCAAGUCCCUCCUUAAUCUUCCUUUUUUAUUUCUACCAGUGCUUUUUUUUUUUCUUUAUAUAUUUCACUCAUUUAAUCAGUACAAUAAUUGCUUUUGUAUUAUAUUUCAUACUUUAUGCUUUUAUUUAUUUAUUUUUGUUUACUAUCUAUCAUUUUUGUUCACUCAUUCUUUUUUGUAUUUUAAUAUUUAUCAUCCAAUAGCUUUGACAUUAUUUAAUUUAGAUUCUUUCACACAAUUAACACACUGUGUUCUCACGAUAUUUUAGAAUAUCUCAUUUAUUUAUUUUUCAAAUCUAGUCUACGUGCAAUAUUCAAAGCAUGUGUUAUGUACAUUACACGCUCACUAUGUCCUUUCAUUUUUUUAUAUUUUUAAUUUAUAUAUAACAUUUUUUUUUUUGUUCCUCCAUUAAAAUGUAGUUUAGGACAAAUUGAUUCCCAUGAAUUUUUGAUAUUUUGUCCAAAUAAAUUUCCAUUAAAUUUUACAAUCAAGAUCUUGACAUUUUUAGAAUGAUUUAAAAAGCUUCUUUAACUAUUUGUACCUGUGAUGAUAUAGACACAUUUUUAAAGAAUCAUUAUGCCGCUGAUAUGCCAAAUUGUUUAUGAAAUAAUAAACAAUUUUAUUUAUAUUAUUUGAUCGUUUAAAAAUGUGUCUAUAUGUUGAGCUUGAUGAUGUCAAGGUAAUAAUGGAUACUGCCACUGAUAAUAAAGUAAAGUGGGGGACUUGAUAACUCUUAUCCUUGAUUAAAAAUAAAUAAAAAAAAGAACCUUUUUAUUUUUUUUGUUUUUUGUAUUCGUCGCUUUAAUUAAGUUUAAACAAAAAAUUAACAAAAUAAUUUUUAAGUAUAUAUUGACAACAACAAAUUCAAUUAAUCAGACAGAAAAAAUUGUCAGCUCCCAAACAAUAAAUCCUGUGGAUUUGAAUUGUAUCUGAUUUAUUCCUCGACAUUACAAAAAAAGAAAAGAAAAACAUAAUUUGAAAAUAGAAAACAAAUUAUAAUUGAAUAACAAAAAUUUAAAAAAAAAAAAAAAGAAAUGACAAAAAAAAAAAAGAAACUGUAUAGGAGUUGAGAUCAUUAUUUGUCCCCCGCUUGGUCUUUACUCAACAAAAUUAUGGAAUGUACAAAUUGUUACACAUUUUUUUUUUUCUUAUUUUUUAAAACAUUAUUAUUCGCCUCACAAAAUUCAUUAUUUUUUUUAUUUUUCAAUUUUUUCAUUAAUGAAGAUUAUCCUCAAUUCUGUACUAGCAUUCACCCAUGUAUUCUUCAUCUUUUUUUUUUUU